AUGUCACGACAACCUACAGAAUCACCCACCAACGGCUCAUCAGUUGCAGGUGUUGAAUCACUUCUGGAGCAACUACAACAACAAUCUGAAGAGCCGUCCUCUGGCUCACAAGGCCGGCGCAUGUCGAAGGACUCUGAGGGGUAUCCUUCCUGGCUUCCCAAGCGACCUCUCCACCCUGCCCCCGCCUCAACCGUCCAUGGAUCAGUCAGCGACGGUCAGUUUAUUGGCGGUCGCAAACCCACUCCACGUUCAGUGCGGAUUGUCAGCAUGCAAGACGCGUCAGUAGAUCGGAGGGAGCCUACAGACCAAACAAAAGUUAACAUUCCACCACCUCGAGUCUGGUCUCGUGGGAUGGGGACCCCUCUGGUUGUCGCAGCUCCAGAACCUCAGCCUCCCCAACCACGCUUUCACGCUACUGGUCUCCAUCUCGAACUCCUUCGUAACCCCGGACUCAAAUCACGACUUCACUUCUAUCUUUUCCCCUUCUUGGUCCUCGCCCAUAUUCCUCUCCAAACUUUUUUUGACUUCAACGCCGUGUUCAUGUUGAUCCAGAUUUCCAAGUCUCCGAACCCACAAGCGCCAGGUGUGCCUGGCUCUGGUCGGAACUGGACGUUUGCUGCCGCGGCUUACGUCGCUUGCUGGCUUGUUUGGAUUUUUCCGGUCGUCCUUGUCUAUGAGCUUGUUUAUUCCUUCGUGCGGAGAUGGCGCGUCCGACGCCCAGUGGUACUCCCUCUUUAUCUCUCCUCAUCAGGAUAUAAUUUUGUUUGCAUGACCUCCUUUACAAACUUUUGUUUUAUGCAGCAUCUUCGUCGCGCCGCUUUUUUUGGCGAACGAGGAAGUUGGCGAGAUGGUAUGGCGGAAACCUUCUGGUUCUAUUCGCAGAAUCUGCCGACCGUUGCUCUGCUUUUGCCGCGUGCGGGACUGUGCCUCGCACUUCUUCUAGCCUUUUCGACUCCUGACGCUGGAAUCGUGGCUUUGGCUGAUGCUGGACUGAACCACCGAGACAAAACUUUCUUCCGAGUCCAUGAUGGCACGCUCACUAGCUAUGCUCGUGGCGUAUUGAUCGCAAACGCAGCUUGGACUGCAUGGAGGGCCCUUGUGGUUCUCUGUAGUUGGAUUGGUCUUUGGAUAAUGAGUGGAACCGGCUGUGCUGGUCUUUGUGGCCCCCGGAGUCGCUGGGAAGAAGAGGAUGCAGAGAAGACGAUAUCGGUUUACAGCGACAACGUGUCAGAUUUGGAAUCUCUCCCAUGGCAAUGGCGAGAGGCGACGGCCUUACGGGUACAAGAAGCUUUCGAGUUUUGCCUCACCGUCAAACAACGAUGGAGCAGACGUGACAAAGAGAAGAAGGAUAUCACGGAGACAGGCGAUGUUAUUGGCGAGGCCCCAAUUGCGUAUGAAGGAAUGGAGCGAGUCAUGGCCGUUGCUGGAUUUCCUUCAGUUCCUCCGCCUGCUCGACGCGGAGUUCUUUCUGGUGAUUUGUUCGACAGUCCAGUUGCCAAAUCACCUGAAUUUGGCGACAUUAUACCGAAAGUUGCCAGACGAUCUUCGAAGGAGCGCGAAAGCGAGGGUCCACUGAUGACUCUUCCAUAUCCAUUCACUGGUCCUAAAGCCCAGAUGUCGUCGCAAGAUCGGGUGCCGUUCCCGCCAUCACCUCGGCCAUCAGCCGACAAGAACGGCAGCAGCGGCAGUUUGGAUGACGGUAACGAGGAAGUGGAUGAUGAUGAUGAUGACGAGGAGGAGGAGGAAGAUGACGAAGAUGAGCUGGUUCUAGGCAGCGAAGAGCCGUCGUCUGGCCGUGCUUCCGGUUCAAUGUCAAGUCUCGGUCACCCCGUCACAUCACGUUAUCCGUUCCAAUUCAGGCGACCCGGCCGGGGAACCAGCGGUUCAUCGCAUGCAUCGCCGACCAACACUUCUCGCCAUACGCAUACACAUUCGCAAAGUACCGGAACUGGACCUAAUGCUCGCUCACUGCUUUCCCAAUCCACUGGCAACCGUGAAUCCAGUGACUCUCAUGCUCCUAGAUCACAACAUUCUGCCAGUGCGAGUAGUUCGUCAAUGCCAGCAAAGUCGCAACAUAGCGCAAGUGCAAGUAGCGCUUCGCUGGGAAUACCUAUGCCACCUCGUCAUCCCCAGCAAGGACGGGCCAGGGGUCGCGGUAGAACUCGCGCAGGUACUGUUCCGGCACCGUCAACAUCAUCGUCGUCUAUUUCUAUGCCUCCGCCUACCCCAGUCGACUUCCCUCGUCGGCCAAGAGCAAGAACCGGUGAAACUUUGCAACCGCAACCAGCUGUGGGACCAAAUGAGUCAUUCGAGGUAGCUUCGGACGAAGACAAUGAAGAUGAAGAUGAACGCGAAGACCAACUUGGAUUGCUGACUGGCUCGGCGUCUCCCAGUCCGAGAACUUCACUCAGACAACGAGCCAGUAACAUCUCACUCUCGUUGUCGGCUCCGCAGAGGCGAACCUCGAGGUAUAGCAGCUCACAGUCGGGAUCUGGCAGUGGCAACUCCCGCUCAAGGACCCAAUCGCACAGUGGAUCGUCAUCAGCAAGGUCAAGGGCGGACUCGCUGAAUGCAGUGCGCUCCAGGGCGCAAUCACUUUUACAAAACAUGGGUCACAAUGUAGGGCUUGGUGCUGGCUCAUUCGAGGGUGUGGGAAUGCGGAUACGAGCCAACUCGUCGAUGGCCCGACUUGAAGAGGACAUGAACUCAGAGCCCGGGAGAUCUCGCUCUGGAAGUAAUGCGAAUACGCAUUCACGCUCUGGAAGCGGCUCUGAUGGACUAAUGAGCAGCGGAGAAAACAACACUUUCGGCCAUCCGCUGCGAACUCAAUGGCAUGAUGUUGCUGGAGUUCCACCUUCACCCGUGCCUGAAGGCUCCUCUGAGCAUAGCGACAACGCGUCCGACAUGUCGGAUCAUCAAGAAGUUGAACAUUCUCAACUGCAACCCGCCCAAUCUCGUUCAACAGUCUUCUCUGCGCCGUCGUUUGUUACUGAACAACCGUCAGAAGGCACCAUUUCGCGAUCUCCCAGUGCUGGGAGAGUUGCACCAGAGCCCGCGGGUAUUCCUAUACCUAUUAUUCGCACUGGACUCGCUCCUCCUGAAGGGGGAGAAUCGUCAAGCAGUUACCCCGACCUCAGUAGUGCUCCACAGUCAUUUGUGACGGCACCCGCUACCAUUGAAGGCGCCACUACGGAAUCAAGCGGUCGGACUGUCUCUAGCUGGGAUGCCUCCCAUAUGCAUAUGGGAACUGGCGGUGGACGUGGUCCUCCAGAAGGCACUUGGCGCCAUCCUGGCCCCGCUUAA